GGUUAAAGCCCAGUCAAUCAGUUUCAAUUUUCAAAUCGAGGUCACAUUUUUCGCUCUAUACUCUGCUCCCGCUCCGCAUUUGUCGACUCCUGCGAUUACUUACCCUAGCUUCUAGAUCUUUUGCUCUUCAUCCCCGCUCUCAUGUAUUUUACGAAUAGGGCGUAGGCUGUUGAGUGAUCAAAUAUGGCAGAACUGAGCUUGGGUAUUCUUAUUGAUGUUGUUGAUGAGGAAUGGAUGAGAGAUACACUUCCUGAUGAUGAUCUUCCACUGCCUCCAACACUGAUAGUGCGAACAGAUGAUACUGAGGAAUCGAACCAGGAGACUCAACAAGCCAAUGCGGAUUCUUGGCAUGAUCUUGCCAUGGGCCCAGAAUAGAAACCUUAUUUUUCUGAGUGUCGUGCUUGGCGGUCCUUAACAUUUUCAAUCCCAUAUCGAGGAAGUUGAUGAAAAUGAUUCGGUGUCCAGCUUAGUCAGGUUGACAGGAACAUUCUACUUUUGUUCAUUUCCAACUUGGUUGGAUCUAGAAUAUUUUAGCUUUCACAGCUUUGCAUUCUGAGAAGUACAAGUUUCACAUUUAACGUGCUUUACUGUUAUUUUCCUUCAUCCGGGCCGUUAAUCCAACAAGUAUAACAUGUAGACUAAUAUACACUUUCUUUAUAUGGAUCAUUUAGUUUUCUUCAAUAUGAUUUUUAAGAGCGCGCGCGCACACACAUAUAUAUGAACACAGUUUGCAAUUUGAGCUGCGCAAUGGUUCAUAACUUCUGGCCUUAAAAAAAUAAUUCUAACCAGCUUGCAGAAAGUGGCAACCCUCGAACACUGAGGCCUUUCUGCUUGUGCAGCAUUAAUGCGUAGUAACAUUGCGG